GAGGGGCGGGGGCCUGCUCUGACGUGUAUGCCAGUAAGAAGCUUCCAGUUAGCUCGCUGCCCGCUUCUUUACAGGUUUGGAGGUGACGGGGCCUGCACCAUCAUUUCCGGUACGCUUCCUCCACCAACCGCCUCCUCAGUGAAACCCAGGCCUCCGAAUGCGCCCUCUGUACAGGCAGCGGGCUCUCCUGGCGUGUUAAGAAUCGGCAGAUGGUCCGACGUAUCAGUGUUUUGCUUCCAUUGGUCAAGGAAGUCUCGGGAGCUGGAAGGUCGGACAUUUCAUUGGUCACAAGAUGUUGGGCUGCUCUCUGAUUGGUCGAAAGGUUUUCCAAGGGGCGGGAGCUUGGCUGUUCUUGGGACGCAGUAGGGGAUACCCAGGUGUGAGUGCAGGGCUGCGGCAGAGUGCGGCUGGCAAGUGGCAAGAGAAUAGCUGGCAGAGGAAUAGCAGAAAGAUGCCUGAGAUAAACACAGAUUCGCUGGACCAGCAGCAGGUGAUGCUUCUGGCAGAGAUGUGCAUACUUAUCAAUGAGGACGACCAGAAGAUCGGAGCAGACACAAAGAAAAACUGCCAUCUGAACAGCAACAUCGAUAAGGGCUUGCUCCACCGAGCAUUCAGCGUCUUCCUGUUUAACUCUGAAAACAAGCUAUUGCUGCAGCAGCGCUCUGAAGCAAAAAUAACAUUUCCAGGCUGCUACACAAACACUUGCUGCAGUCACCCAUUAAAUACUCCCCUGGAGACUGAGGAAGGGAAUGCCAUCGGGGUGAGGAGAGCGGCACAGAGACGGCUGAAAGCUGAACUGGGGAUCCCCAUGGAGCAGGUGAUGCCAGAUGAGCUGAAGUACCUGACUCGUAUUCAUUACAAAGCUCAGUCGGACGGGAUCUGGGGAGAACAUGAAAUUGAUUACAUUCUGUUUGUGCAGAAGGAUGUUGCACUAGACCCUGACCCCAAUGAGAUCCAGACCCAUUGCUAUGUGUCCAAGGAAGAUCUCAGGCAGUUGCUGGACAAGGCUAAACGCGGGGAAGUAAAGAUCACCCCAUGGUUUCAGCUCAUCGCGGACACUUUCCUCUUUAAGUGGUGGGAUAAUCUGCAGAACCUGCAGAAGUUUGAGGAUCAUGAUCAAAUCCAUCACAUGUGAGCAGCACAGAGGAGCCGGGGCAAGGACUAUAGGGGAGGCAGGCAGAGUCUGGGGGACGCUUUUGCCUCCAGAUUCCAGUAGAUCAGCAGCAGCAGCGCUUUGUGAACUGGCGUGGUCCCUGCCUGAAACCCUGCAGUAUCCCCUGUUGUAAAGGGAAAGGAAGAGAAGGAAGAGGGACUCGGGCAUAGCUUGAACUUGUCAGGCCCUGCUCACUGGGCAAUAGACCCCUCAGAGUUAAAACUGAUCUUUCAGGUCUUAUUAUUCAUUCAAUAUAUUAGAAGUGUUGGAAUGAAGUGCUUUCUUAACACUUAAACUGCUGGUUAUCACUUUCUCAUGGGUUAAAGGGCUUUGCCACACAACAAAUUACAGUGUUAAUUUAACAUUACUUAUUGGAGCAGAGACAGAGUAAUAAAAAGCAAAGAGCUUGCAUAUAAUAUGUACAGUUAUUUUCUCUGUAACUUGUAGGCAUUGGGUUUCAUGAUGUUUACUAAAGCUCUGAACUAAUUAAAUAUCAAUUAUUAAAAAAAAAA